AGAAUUUAAUCAUGGAGGGCGCAUAUCCGAACGGAGCAACGCCGACCCAAAAUCUGCAGCUCUGAGCUUACCAGAUCGAGAAGUUGGGUCGGCUGUUGCGCGCCCCGUAAAGACGGGAGCUUAUGUGGCGAACACGGAUGAUCUGGAAGAUUCAUCUGACGCAGAGUUUUUGGGAAAGGAGGCAGAAUGUUCGCGCCGACUCUUGUUGAAGUCAAAGGAAAAUCUUGAUGACUACGAAGCACGAUUACGCAAAGAGAUAGACCAUUUCUUGAACGAGAAAUCGAGAGCUUCGGCGAGCAUAUCGGCAAAGCAGCAUAAAGGAGCAGAAGCUGCUAAGGUCUGGCGGCGGAAGGAAAGUCAAAUGCAACCAUAAUCGGCACAUUAGACUAGCCUCACCCUCUCACAACAUUCUACGACGCAUGAAUACCUACCUUUUCGAGGUAGUUCGAGUUCGACGAAGCGGAGAUCUCCACAAUAUUGAACAUACUGCUAGAUCUAUGAAUAUCAAAAACAAGAAGCAAGAGGAGAAAAGCUGGGGUGAAAAAACAUGGCGCAGUAGUACGUCCGAGCCGCGUUGGCGUGAGAAAAUCGAGGUCUAAAGCUUGUUAUUCAUGUGGCUCCUGCUGACGCAAGUCUGGCUCGUUCCUUACGUUUGAUGACUGCUUUUGUUAUCGAGUUUUCUCGUUACCGGUACCGCUACCCUUUUUGCAGCAAAAGACUUGAACGCCAGGGACCUACUUCGACUAGCCUAUCGAGAAUCAUGGCUCGUAAAACAGAAAAAUGCAUUCAGGAUCACAGUUCGUUUAUCUAGGUCUCUCAAGCGCGUCAAUGAUUUGACCUGCUAAUCGAAACGAUAUAAAAAAAUACAAUGAUUUUUUUGAAUAAGCGUAUGAUAGUAUUAUUAUACUGACGAAUUGUUGACGUUUCCUGGCUUAGCCCUGUCUCAGUCCCACCUGAAUAUAUACCUGGUACUCUGCUAGAGCUAGCUCGACUACACUAUGAUAGAUAAGAGAUACUAGAUUUUUGGAACAUCUUCGACUUCGACGACGAUGUGCAUCCAGAAGCAUAUGAAUCUAAUAAGUACAUGAAAAACUUUGGAUUUCCCAUGCACUUGGUGCUAUACAGUGGUCUUUGUCACGAGGAAUGGAAGCCCUGUCUUUCUGAUGUCGGGAAUUGGUGUACUAGAAGCAAGACUUGUGGAAGCUGGAAAACUUUAGAAUUUGCCUACGUUGCAGUCUAUACUUACUGAAAGAAUGGGCCACCGUGAUCGCCUCUCUGUGACAACUCACAGGAAUGGUUGGAUUGAGACGUGAUGAUAAUGACGGCAAAUUUCAUCAUCAGUGGCCUCAUUCUAUCUCUCAACAAUGGAUGCUGCGACCGAAGAAUGAAAGCCAAUGGGCUUUUUUGCUAGGAACGGCGGACUAGAGUCA